UGCGGCAGGGUGCAGCCGACUGCAGAAGCGCGGGAGACCGCGUCGCCAGCCUGCCGGUGCCCUGCGCCCCGCCGCGCCCCCGCGCAGCCGUCGAGAUGGGGGAGUCAAGCGAAGAUAUCGACCAAAUGUUCAGCAGUCUGCUGGGAGAGAUGGAUCUUCUGACCCAGAGUCUAGGAGUGGACACUCUCCCUCCUCCUGAUCCUAAACCACCCAGAGAUGAAUUCAACUAUAGUGUGGGUUUCAAAGAUCUAAAUGAGUCCUUAAACGCACUGGAAGACCAAGAUUUAGACGCUCUCAUGGCGGAUCUGGUGGCAGACAUAAGUGAGGCUGAGCAGAGGACAAUCCAGGCACAGAAAGAGUCCUCUCAAGGCCAGCGUCACUCGGCGUCUCUGGGGACACCGAGCUGCAGCAGCGUGGCCUCUCUUGCUUACGGAGCGAAUGCCGCAGCCACCAGUAGCAGCGAGUACGAGAAUGACUUACCUCCCCCGCCUGCUGACCCUGUGAUAGACCUUCCAUUGCCACCACCACCCCCCGAGCCGCUCUCUAAGGAAGAGGAAGAAGCCCGGGCCAAAGCUGAUAAAAUUAAGCUGGCGUUGGAAAAACUGAAGGAGGCCAAAGUUAAGAAGCUGGUGGUCAAGGUGCACAUGAAUGACAAUAGCACCAAGUCACUGAUGGUGGAUGAGCGGCAGCUGGCCCGCGAUGUUCUGGACAACCUUUUUGAGAAAACUCAUUGUGACUGCAGUGUGGACUGGUGUCUGUAUGAAAUGUACCCGGAGCUACAGAUCGAGAGGUUUUUUGAAGACCACGAAAAUGUUGUUGAAGUCCUAUCAGAUUGGACAAGAGACACAGAAAAUAAAGUACUGUUUUUGGAGAAAGAGGAAAAAUAUGCCGUAUUUAAAAACCCCCAGAAUUUCUACCUGAAUAACAAAGGGAAAAAUGCAGGCAAGGAGAGCAAUGAGAAAAUGAAUGCCAAGAACAAGGAGUCCUUACUCGAGGAAAGCUUCUGUGGCACGUCCAUCAUUGUACCUGAACUUGAAGGAGCUCUGUAUCUGAAAGAAGACGGAAAGAAAUCCUGGAAACGGCGCUAUUUCCUCUUACGGGCUUCUGGAAUUUACUAUGUCCCAAAGGGAAAGACGAAGACAUCUCGCGACCUGGCCUGUUUCAUACAGUUUGAGAAUGUCAACAUUUACUAUGGAACUCAGUGUAGAGCGAAAUAUAAAGCACCCACGGACCACUGCUUCGUUUUAAAGCACCCUCAGAUUCAGAAGGAGUCUCAGUACAUCAAGUACCUCUGCUGUGAUGACGCAAGAGCUCUCAACCAGUGGGUCAUGGGCAUACGGAUUGCCAAGUAUGGCAAGACGCUCUAUGACAACUAUCAGCGGGCCGUGGCGAGGGCUGGACUUGCCUCUCGGUGGACAAGCCUGGGGACCGUCCCCACAGCGACUACAGCUCAGCCUCCCACAGGACCUAAAGCAGGUGCCUCCCAGCCCAACGGUCAAAUCCCCCAGGCUGCGCACCGUGUCAGCACCAUUCUCCAGGAGGCCCAGAACCAUGCUGAGACCAACAAGGAGCGGAGGCCACCCCCGGGCACCCACGACCCCGCCGCGCCCCGGCCGCCCGCCAAGGCGCACCUGCCGCCGCCGCCCCCCGCGCGCCGCUGCUCCGACGCGGCCAGCGGCCCCAGCCCGGCGCCCCGGGCCCCCGACUUCCCGCCGCCGCCGCCGGGCUGGGCCGAGGCGCCCCCCGACUUCCUGCCGCCGCCCCCGCCGCCGCCGCCCGACCUCGGCGAGGCGCCCCCCGACUUCGUGCCGCCCCCGCCGCCGCCGCCGCCGGACCCCGCGGGCUGCGCGCCGCCGCCGCCCCCGCCGCCGCCGCCCCCGGCCGCCACCGCCCCCGCGCGCCCCGGGCCCCCCGCCGCCGCCGCCAGGAAGCCCCCCGCGCCCCCGAAGAGGGCGGAGCCGCCGGGGGCGGCCGGGGGCGGCGGCGAGCAGGCGUUCAUGGCCGACCUGAUGAAGGCGCUGCAGAAGAAGAGGGGCCACGUGUGCUAGGCCCGCCGCCACGCGUGUCCGCGACGGGGCAGGCGACACGGCUGUCCCCAGGGCCGUGCGUGGCCGCCCGGGCGUCCACGGGGCCUCCUGUGGGUGCGUGCACCCGCGGGCGACUGCACCUCCCCUCCCGCGUUUGGUCUUUAACGUGCACUUGCUGUAUUGUGCUUCCAGGCAUCGGAUUUUAAUAAUAAUAAAGUUUUUCUGCAGAAAACUGGCUAGAGCUACCCUUGGGGACCUUCAGUGUGCUAGCGACGCCGGGUCAGAAAUAGGCCACCUGAACAGUGCCUUGUCCACCACUCCCUCAGGGGCCUUACGAACAUUCGGUAAAGUUCCAUGAGGAAAAUAUGACAAGCCCGGCGUAGAGUUCUUUGGGACUUGUUGGUUGGUUGGUUGGGCUCCUGGAUUGUAUUUUUUCAAAUGGUGGCAUAAUAAAAUAAUUGAAAACAUGGUUACUUCAGUUUUAGACUAAUGCAAUGUUAACUAUCCUAUAAAUAAAAAUAUAGGACCAGGAAAAGACAACUAUCUAUCUGUACUCCCAACACACACACACACACACACACACGGGAGAGAGUUCUUCAGAAAGUUCAUGGAAAGAUCACAUGAAAAUAUUUUGUUUGUUUUGGUACAAAAAACAUUGAAAGCUGUGCAUUCGCGGGAUCUUAAGGUACACAUGUGUAUUACGAAAAACUGCAAGGAUUUCAAAAAAUUUUUGCACAAAAUAAACUUUUUAAUUCCAUUUUUCCACACACUUUCUGACAUGCCCUUGUAUUCUUCAACAUUAGCGUGCAAUUUUAACAGCCAGUUCCGGCUGGGUUCCUGUCAUGCCAAUCCCUGCCCUAACUGGUUGCUACUGAAGUAGACUGGCACUUAGGUUAAAGUUGAUUAGGUUUGUGAGCCGGAAGGCCACGCCUUCGCCACGCCCCUGUGUGACCCCAUGCCCCUACCUGGCCACACCUGAGCACCCACCCGCCAAUCAGGUGCACUAACCACUCCUCUUUGAAAGUGGAUUAAAGGCCUGGGACAGGGUGUGUCCGGCCCGUUUCCUCCUUUUUCCUUGCCCUGGCCUCUUGCCAGCAGGAGGCUGGCUGCAGCCCUGCACACCGAGGGCCUGUGGCCUUCAGGUCACCCACCUCCUGCUUGCUGGCCUGUUUGCUCUUCCACAUGGCUGAUUCCUGGUACUCGAUAUGAACCCAGAUCUACCUCUCUCUUAUAAUUAAAGCCCUUAUUCUCUUAUGCAUCUUUCGCACUAAAUAAAAGCUUAAAAUGCACCAUGCUGCCUCGUUCAUUUAUGCCGGUAUUCAGAAUUUUUCUCUGAAUAUUAAGCUAGAACCCACACGGGCUUAUUAACAUUGAGAACUUAAUAGGCACAGGAGAUAUCACGUGGCACCCCAGAUGGGACUUUUGGGGAACUUUCAGGGGCCGCAUUUCAUACGUAUUUUAGGGGGCCAAAUUCCGAUAACAUAUAUGGCACCUAGGGUGGGACUUUGGGGGAAUUUAAGGAGCCAAAUUCCAGUAUUGUAGGGGGGUCCAAUUCCGAUAUCAUUAUUAGGGCAGGGCGUUUAGAUUUUCUUAAUUUCACUUUCACAGUUUAUUUCUGGUUUUGUUUCGUGUUGGAAAUUCCUCCAAAUCUUAAAGUGGAUAGGAAAUAAAUAAUAAAUAUGACAUGCUUUUUAACUAAAGGUGAUUAGUCUUAUGUUUGAAUAAUUGGGGAAAGCUCCAAGAUGACAAUUUAAAAAGUUCAUUCUUUUUUAAAAGAUUUAUUUAAACGGCAGAGUUAGAAAGAGAGAAGGAUAGAUAGAUCUUCCAUCCACUGGUUCACUCCCUAAAUGGCCACAAUGACCAUGGCUGGGCCAGGUUCAAGUCAGGAGGAGAUUCAAGUGAGUCUCCCACGCAGGUGCAGGGGCCAGGCCCUUGACCCAUCUUCCCAGGCCAUUAAUAGGGAGCUGGACUGAAAAUGGAGCGGCCAGGAUUCAAACCGGUGCCCAUCAGGGAUGCCGGCAUUGCAAGCUGUGGCUUAACCUGCUAUGUCACAAUGCUGGCCUCUUUGAAACCAAACUAUUCAAACGAUUAAAACUGCUAAGAUGCUCUUAAAUUUUUCUCAAGCACGUCCUUGUAACAGGAUAGAAUCUAUUAGGGAAGGUCUGAUAGCAUCUAAUGGGGUAGAUUCUCAUGUGAAAUACUCUUCUGUUUGUCUUAUUUUAUGAUGUUCUUUUGAUAUCAGCAUGCAGCAAGAAAAACAGUUUUUCUGACAUCUGAUUAAAUCCUGGUAGCUGAACAGAACUCUGGAGCCAUACAGCAAGUGUGAUAGCAACCUAAUUUCACUGGAGGCUGAUGGGGAGAUCCCCAGCCCAGUGAGGAGGGGUGAAACAGGAUGUCCCUGGCCCCGCAGCCUUGUCCAGGUUUAAUCUGGUAGAUUGAUGAGGCAGUAACCAAGGCUCAAGACAGAAGAUCCUCCAUCGUUACCCUUACCUGCAUCAAAAUUACCUUCUGGGUUGAAGACCAGGAAAUGCAUUUAUGUUUGAGAGGAGUAAUUAAGCAUCUAGGAAGAGGAUAAUAAAACAGUGCUUUGCUGAGUUUAUUUCAAGGUACAAAAAGCAUGAUAGUACUUCACAGUUGUAGCUAUAGAAGGGAGCAGAAAUGUCAUCCCCAGCAGACAGCCACAGACUCUUGAAAACGAGGGGACCCUUGCGAUGACCCAGCCCACCCAGUCAGGUAGGCUUCUGACGAUGGAACAAAACCAAUGGGAGUAAACGCAAUCAAAAGGGAGGCAUUUAUCACGCGAUUCAGAGGCAGGGGCCCGGAAGCCCCAGGUUGAACAUGCACCUACUAGGUGUAGGGGACCUUUAUUUUUUUCUGCAAAGGGCCACUUGGAUAGUUAUAACAUCAUCGACGGGCCAUACAAAAUUAUCAACUUAAAAAUCAGCCCACUUUGUAUGCAUUGAAUUUCAAGUCCCGUCCGCAGUUGCCUUGGCAGGGCCAGACCAAAUGAUUGUACGGGCCUUGCAUGGCCCACGGGCCGAACAUUCCCCACCUCUGAGCACUCAGGAGGGCCCACACCAGGUUCCUGAAUCUUCACUGAGCCCUCAUUUCUCAUCUCUGCUCCUGCCCAGAUACUCCCUCGGGGUCUCUCUUUCGGCAGCAUGGUUAAAUUUUUGCAGUAUCACCCAAUUUCUCAGUGGCUAGGAUGGAAGGCAUUCAACGCCUCAAUUCCGGAGAGACGGACUGUCUCUUGCCUCACCUGGAAAACUCCCUGAAGGAGCCCCACGUUGGUCUUGAGGAGUUGAGGUCAUUCCUCCCCAACCCACCUGUAGCCGGAACCUGACAAA